AUGCUAAAAAUCAUCCUCCCAACAAUCAUACUCCUUCCCACCACCCUCCUAUCGCCCCAAAAAUUCCUAUGGGUCAACACCACCACCCAUAGCAUCCUAAUUGCCACACUUAGCCUCCAAUGACUACUCCCAUCAUACUACCCACACAAAAACCCCACACAAUGAACCGGUAUCGAUCAAAUCUCAUCCCCCCUACUAGUACUAUGCUGCUGACUGUUACCCCUCAUAAUCCUAGCAAGCCAAAACCACCUUCAACACGAACCUCCAACACGAAAACGAAUCUUCAUCUCAACAUUAAUCACAAUCCAACCCUUCCUCAUCCUAGCUUUCUCAGCCACAGAACUAACACUAUUCUACAUCUCAUUUGAGGCAACCUUAAUCCCCACUUUAAUCCUAAUCACACGAUGGGGCAACCAACCAGAACGCUUAAGUGCCGGCAUCUACCUCCUAUUCUACACCCUCAUCAGCUCACUACCCCUACUCAUCGUAAUCCUCCACCUGCACGCACAAAUUGGCACACUACACCUAACAAUACUAGGACUAACCCCUCCCACACUCAACAACUCCUGAACAGGCCUCCUAUCAAGCCUAGCCCUACUAACAGCAUUCAUAGUAAAAGCCCCUUUAUAUGGACUCCACCUAUGACUACCCAAAGCCCACGUAGAAGCACCAAUUGCAGGAUCUAUACUACUAGCAGCCCUCCUCUUAAAACUAGGGAGCUACGGUAUCAUACGAAUCACUCUACUAACAGGCCCCAUCUCAGACCACCUACACUACCCAUUCCUCACCCUAGCCCUAUGGGGAGCACUAAUAACAGGCUCAAUCUGCCUACGUCAAACCGACCUAAAAUCACUCAUCGCUUACUCCUCUGUAAGUCAUAUAGGCCUAGUCAUUGCUGCAAGUAUAAUCCAAACUCACUGGGCAUUCUCCGGUGCAAUGAUCCUCAUAAUCUCCCACGGACUCACCUCCUCAAUACUAUUCUGCCUAGCCAACACAAAUUACGAACGAACACACACCCGAAUUCUUCUUCUGACACGAGGCCUCCAACCCCUCCUACCCCUUAUAGCUACAUGAUGACUUCUAGCCAACCUCUCAAACAUGGCACUCCCACCUACAACAAACCUGAUAGCAGAACUAACCAUUAUAAUCGCCUUAUUCAACUGGUCCUCUUUGACAAUUCUCCUAACCGGUGCCGCAACCCUAUUAACUGCCACAUACACCCUAUUUAUACUACUAACAACCCAACGAGGGACCCUCCCAACCUACAUCACAUCCCUCCAAAACUCAAACACACGAGAACACCUCCUAAUAACCCUCCACAUUAUCCCCAUGCUACUCCUCAUCCUAAAACCAAGCCUCAUCUCAGGAAUUCUCUCAUA